AAGUCCCAACAAAGAAGAGGUGUGCUUUCGUCUAAGAAGACUUUGCCCACAGCGUAUACAUUAUUUUUGCGCUACUCUUUUCUUCUCCUCUCUAUGUUGAGUAGGUAGCGUUUAGCUCGUUCUAGCGAGCAGAUUCCUAAGCUCGAGUGGUGAAAGUGCAGACUUGAGGUCACUGGCAGAGGUUUUACGGUUAUACGUAGCAUCAGGAAGGCCUGAUACAAACUCCUUUGAAUGCUGCGUUAACGAGUGUCGCCAGUUAACGCAUCCUUACGUCAGUGCGCUGUGUCUAGCUAGGCUAGUUGUACUUGUAACUGACCACGCGAAACCAUAAUACUUUAGCAGGCCACUAUAGCUCAUUCUAGAAGCUUACGUUAAUUCCAGCCGAGUGUAUACCACCCCUUAAACCUACGAAAAUAUAACUGCAGUCGCAUAAGAUUGGUUCUUCUAGGUUAGUCCUACUAAAGUGCGUGCUUGGAAAGGCAUGUCUGAUUACCGCUUCACACAUCUGACCGGAAGGGUCAGUCACCUGAACCAACCUCGAACCCAUUUAUCUGGCAACGACAUCGAUGCGGAUUUGUACGCCCGCAAACUUCUUCGAAACUCUGCGCCAUCACUUUGCAGCGUAGUAGAUGAGCCCGUCACACGUAGGUUCAGCCCAGCGGUGGGCGGCAAUAAGCGAACGUCGGUUCUUGAAAGUGGGCGCUAUUUUGGAUCUUCCCUAUUAUCACCCACAACUGCAGUAGGAGACUUCCGCGAAAGGCAACAGAACAUGCACCAUGGUCGCUAUCAGACUGCGUUGCCGGAUGUUAACAACAGUGACCGCUGCAGGUCUUCAACAACGUUGUACUCGAGCGGUCUAGAAAACUCUUUUCGGCCGUAUGUCACUACCCGAAGUGUCGAUGUUCGAACCUGUCCUGGAAGGCCAAAGGUAUUCCAACCAUCGCACGUUACUUCGGUAGUCACAAACUGUCCCAAAUGCUUUAACGGCAAACAGUGUACAAUCCAGGUGUUAUGUCCCCAUGUUCUGGAGCGCUGCAAUACAUUCGGUGGUGCGUUUAAGGAACAGCUCUUUGGUCAGUACCGCGACGUGGAUAUGGAAAAGCAAUUCAACUGAGUCUUGCGUUCCGCAGUUGCCAUGGCGUCAUUGUAUCUUUCAGGAAAUUACCUUUUCCACUCAUUCGCACUCCAUGGUAGACCAGUGGGUGUAAUUAUAAAAUCUCAAGCCUUCCGUCAUUAUCGGCUUAUAAUCUAAACCGAAAUAGUACCUCCAAGUAACAUUUUAAGAUAAUUUGCAAGUCAAAGUAACAUUCGCUCUAUAAUUUGUUUGAAAUCAUCAUUUGAGGUGCCUUCAACAGUAUGCCGAAAAUAUAGUCAUUUAUGGAUAUGUCACUGAGUGUGAGAGUACGAGUUGCCAUCAGCAGUUUGAGGGUCUGACAUUACAUUCAUCAGUCUUUACCACAGAGUAUACAAAAUCCCAUUAGAGCAUGAGAUGAGGCAUUUUUAAUACAGAUUUGCGUGAUUUUUUUUAACGUAUCACGAAGUACGAAUCUGAGACUGUAUAGCCGUCUCUAAAUUAUGACUACUACUAUUACCGUUAGUUGCUGUUUGUGCAACGGCGGCUUGUAUUAUCUUAUUGUUCUCAACGUCAAGCUUAUUAUGUCACAAUGGGAACCUUGCAUGAACAAUGUACUUCGAUAAGUUUUUGUCUCGGUCUUCAAAUUGUCUGUAAAAGUCAAAAAAACAGGUAAAUUACUAGGAAUUAAUAGUAUGGACGCCUCAGGAUGUGAAGUCCGUUAGUAACCAAGCUAAUUAUGGAAAUGUCUCUAAAAGGCUGAACCUGGCUAGCUCAUCAGCUUUUUUUGUUAUCACAGAUUUCACUGUAAAGAAAAGCGGCUAUUUCCAACAAAUCCCAUCUUGUUGUACAUCCACUAGCCGGUGCUUGAAUUGAUUACAAGAGCGUCCCUUAUUAUUCCAGCCAAGUAAAUAGUUAUCGACAGAAGCUGCAAGAUCAUGCGUCCAUUUUUACGUGAUAUUUGCUUUCGCAUUACUGACCAUCACAGUCGAACGUUUCCGGCCAACUAAACAGGCCUCUUGAAACCUUAAAAUAAGAAAGUCCAGAAAAGUAAAUGCCACGUCCCAAAAGCACGAAAUCACGUUCGACUCACAACCACCAUUUAUUAUCAUACUAAAUAGGUAACUUUUAGUGUUUUGUUAAAUGUAUAAUGAUUUCAGUUAAAUGGGCACAGUGGAUAAAUAGACCGAACCAUAGAUCUACAAAUACAAUUAAAAACCAUUUUCUACUGGUCUAUACCACUUUGGAAUUAAUUGGCUCGGCUUAAUAUUCACAGACGAAUAGUCGCUUCCCGAGCAUGCAAAACUGAUAUAAACGGUAAUAAUGGCCAUUUGCCUUGGACAUGUCACGACAGAAACAAUGAGGAUCGAAUAGGAAUAGUGACUAAAAUAGGAUGACGCACUACGCCUUCGUAAGUGAUAUAAAACUUCAAAUAUAUAAGAACAGUCACUGUUGACUGGUGGAAAAUAAACCGACUGAUCCUAGCCAAUGCGUAUAACUAUGUUGGUUGGAAAACUAGUUUAUAAAAACAGUGUCUAAUAAUCCGCUCACUCUAAAUUUCUUUGAUUGAUUCAAAGAUGUCGUAAGUUCCAGUUAUUCAGACCUUUGCCUUGUUACGUUUCUGGACUCGAAUUUUUACUUAACAAAUAGGUGAUUAUUUUUUUCAAUUUGAUUCAGUUGUAGCCCUAAUAUUCUUGCAACCCAAGCCAAGCGAUCCACUUCUAUUGUGAUUGACUUUUUGUAUAAUAACAUACAAUUUCAAGCUUAGUUACAUUGGCGCAGGCAUCAAUUAGGUUCCUCCAUUGAGGUCUGUUAAACAUUCUUACCUAUAUCGACGUUGGAAAUUUUAACUUCAACAAAACAAUUUUUAUUUCAAGCUACGCUUGAUUGUAUCACAAACUCGGAUGCGGUAAUUGUCAUGGUGGUAGGUCUGAAUUUAAAAUGCUUACCUAGCGUUUAGCUUUCCCUCAGCGGAUACUCGCAGCGUCAAUUACUAUUUCCCUAUAUUGCUGCCUUUACAGUGAUUUACGGAGAAAAUCCAGACUAUUAUUAUGAUGACGCG